AAAAAAAAAAUGUGACCGUUGCAAAAAGUCGCCCUUUUCUUCCUAUUGCUAUUGCUAUUCGUUAUCCCUUUUCAAAUUCAAAACUGACCGUUGCAAAAAUCUUUCCUUUUACUAAUGCCCCAAACUCCAAACCCAUUCAUAAAUCACUCUCAUCUCGUCUCCUCCAAAAUUCAUAAAGACCAUUCCAAGAAAAAUUGUACUAUCUGAAAUUCAAAAUGGCACUCAGGUCUCUCGAUAACGCUCUCCCAGUGGCAAUAGAAAGACCCAAAAAGCAAGCAAAAGUAGUCAUAGCAGUAAGCCAGAAUCCAAAACAACCUGAUUGUGUCGUCGUCAAUGACGAAAACAAGGCCCCUUUGCCACCCGCAGAUGCCACCGUUGAUUACAUCCCAUCUGAGAAUCUUGAAGCCAUUGCUGAUCCAGAUAGCAAAAUCCAAGGACUUGUUGGAGGGUUGGAAUCUAAAGAUUGGUUGGAAAUUUGUCGCUCACUGAAUGAUACUAGGCGAUUUGCACUGUUUCACUCUGCCCUCUUGCUUCCAAUUCUGGACAAAGUCUUAGUGGUGAUAGUUAAGUCAAUGAAAAAUCCAAGAAGUGCUCUUUGCAAGACUUCUGUCAUGGCUUCAGCUGAUAUCUUCAAAGCCUUUGGUGAUGAGUUAUUUGAAUCACCUUACUCUGAUGCAUUUGACAAUCUGAUGUUGCAGCUACUACUGAAAGCAUCUCAAGACAAAAAGUUUGUUUGUGAAGAAGCAGAUAAGGCACUCAAGACAAUGGUGGAGUCCAUGACUCCUCUUUCUUUGCUUCAUAAGCUUCAUACCUAUGUGAAACAUUCCAACAUGAGAAUCAGAGCAAAAGCUGCUAUCUCAAUAUCACAUUGUGUUUCUAAGAUGGAACUGGAUGGAAUGAAGGAGUUUGGACUCGUUUCGUUGGUUCAAAUUGCUGUAAACUUGCUUAAUGAUAGACUCCCCGAGGCAAGAGAAGCAGCUAGAAGUAUCGUGGUUUCAGUAUAUGAGGCGUUAACCCAGAAUGAAGAGGAGAAACAAGAGACAUGGCAAAACUUUUGCCAGUCUAAUCUUUCAGCUAUUCAUGCACAAGCCAUAGAUAAAAUUGUCUCCUCCUAGUAGACUAAGUUUAGCAGUAAAAGCUCUUGUUUAGUCAGUCUUUGGGAGCAGCAGCAGCAGGCUGCGAACUUCAUCUAUGAAUUGUUAUCUUUAUAUAUGUAAUCUUUCCUAGGUAAUUAUUAUUGUUUUGUUCCUAAAUUAAAAUAGGCUCUCUUUAUCA